GACACACUAUCGUAUAGGUACUCUAUCAAUAUUCCUUCCACAGAAAAUGGAGGCAGCAUCACAGUCGACAGCAACUUCUUAUGAAUCGGACGAUUUCCCCAUCGCCACGCUCGACAACACCCCCAACGAGUUAGGCGAGGAGCCUGUGCCAACCUACACCCGCACCGACACCACUCCUGUCACCACGCUCCUGGACACCCUCCCCUUGUCCAUUUCCAGACACCUCCAACUGCCUUUGACAAGCUACCCAGCGCCUCCGCAGACAUGGGAUGCCACGGCCGCCGCAACCACCCACCCGCUCCCACGGGACCCGACCCUGACGUAUUCCGAGAAAAUCGCGGUCUACAAAUCCCAGCAACAGAUCAUCGCCUCGUUCUUCAGCGCCAUCUCCUCCCGCAACAUCGAAGCCGUCACGCUCCUGGUGCAGCGCGGCCUCGUCUCGCCCGACGUGCCCGACUCCCUGACGCCCGGGCGCACGCCGCUGAUUACGGCCGUCGAGGCGGGCGACGGCGCCAUGGUGUGCACCCUCGUCGGGCUCGGGGCGCACGUGGACGGUUGGGGGCAGCGGACGGCGCUGAUGGUGGCAGCCGCGCGGGGCAACCUUGCCUUGGUGCGGCUGCUGCGCGAGGACUUUGGGGCCGACGACGCGGCGAUUGCACCCGACGACGGGCAGCUGGCGCUGCGGCUGGCGGCCGAGGCCGGGCACCGCGACGUGGUCGAGUACCUGCCCGCGCGGCGCGGGGGUGCGUGGCGCAGGUGGGAAUCUCAUCACGCGGUGGCCAUGGCGAGGGCGAGGAAGGCGGCGCGCGGCAUCUACGUGUUCUUCAGGGCCCUACUGUACUACGUGCCGAGGUGCUUCCUGUGGGACGUGCCCAAGCAUGCGGUAAUGAAACCGUUGGGGAAGGCGGGCAAGUGGUGCUGGGUCAACAAGCACCGGUUCGGGCCAUGGUGUAAGGAGCAGGCGAGGAAGUUUCCCGGGCGGGCGAAGCGGGCUGGGAAGGCGGUUUGGAGGGGGGCCAGAAUGGUGCCCCGAGUUGUGUGGGGCGUGGCGAAGGGGAUCCCGCGGGUAGUAGAAAGGCUGUUGAGGUGGUUGUGGACCGUCGUCAUCACUCGCAUCCCCGCGGCCAUGAAGCAAGUCUGUGUGUGGAUCUGGGAGAGUCUGAAGAGGGUUGGAAAGGCGGUCGGCCAUGCGUUUCUACGCAUUGUAGGCGCGCUGCACACGGCGAUCGCGGCCGUGCUUGAUUUCUUCAGGAAUAUCAGGGUCCGGGACGUCUGGAACGGGGUCUGCGACGUGUGCGAAGCCGUCUUCGUUGGGCUUCCGCGUGCCGUAUGGAGAGGCAUAGUGUCUGCGGGCGCCGUUGCGGCUGGCGUCGUCAUCGGUCUGUUUGGCCUGACCGGGAAGCUCGUCGUGUUUCUCGUUAAGGUCCUGUGGUACGUGGCCAAAUACGUGCCGCAGCAGCUGGUAGCAAUCAUCUCGGCAAUCUGGACCUCGGUGGCGAAGGGAUAUCACGAGAUCUUGGUGUGGAUUAACCCCAAGCACUGAAUCUCGUUCUUGAAGCGAUUGGGGGUUUCGCCGAGAUGCACACACAUGUCCCAUAGCCCUAUACUGGGUCUAGCCGUCUAGGAUAGUGCCAGGUAUAUAAAAGUUCUGCUGCUUGUAAAAUAGCCCACUCAUUUUCCGUCAUUCUCACAACCUAAACAAGGAUAC